AUGAAUGAACAAAUUGAAGUACUUAAAGCAAUUUAUUGUCGUACGAAUGAAAUUGUCUAUGAUGAUUUGUCUGAAAUAAUUACAUAUAAUGCAUAUGAUGAUAAUCUACAAUGUAUUGGAUUUUCAACAAAUGUUUAUAUGAAUAAUACAAUCAUUGUUAAUAGUAAUAUUUUAACAAAAGAUGAACUUAAACAAUUACAAGCUAAUGCUUGUUUAAAAACAACAUUGUAUGAUUUAUUUACAACAUUGAAAUAUAUUUAUGAUGAAUUAAUAAUAAAAAGACCAAAGAAAAUUAUGCAAAUCGAACAAUAUUCAUCUUCAUUUUUAAUGAAAAUUGAUCAUAUACGUUCACCAAAUAUUUAUAUGAAACAUCUUCAUCAAUGGACAAAUGAAUUAAAUAUUACUGGUCGAAUUUUUAUUAUACCACAUAAUAUAUUUAUACUUAUCGAAGGAAAAAAUGAAAAUCUUAAAAAAUUUAUUAUUAAAUUAAAAACUGAAACAGUAGAUAUCGAUAGUCAUGGUAGACCUUGUAAAGAACGAUUAUUAACUCAAAUUAUUGAAUUAAAUAAUCAUUCAUCAAAAUUUAAUAAUUUUGAAAAAAUUGAAUUUAAUAAUCGAAAUGAAUUAGAAUUAUAUUUAAUCAAAUAUGAAUAUAAAACAUUAAUGAAUUAUAUUAAAAAUUAA